AUGAUGCAAUUCAUGCUUUUGUUUAGUAGGCAGGGCAAAGUGCGCCUCCAAAAGUGGUAUACAUCUUAUUCUGAAAGGGAAAAGAAAAAAAUUUUACGCGAUCUUACCAUGAUUGUAUUGUCACGGAAGCCGAAAAUGUGUUCUUUUAUUGAAUGGAAAGAUCUAAAAGUUGUUUAUCGUCGGUAUGCAAGUCUAUACUUUUGCACUGCAAUUGAACCACAGGAUAACGAGCUCCUAACUCUGGAAAUAAUUCAUAGAUAUGUUGAGCUCUUGGAUAAGUAUUUUGGUAGUGUAUGUGAACUGGACAUUAUAUUUCAUUUCGAGAAGGCGUAUUAUGUGUUAGAUGAGUUCAUGUUGGGUGGAGAAGUCCAAGAAACUGGAAAAGAAAGAGCUUUAAACGAUAUUGAUAUGCAAGAUUUAAUACAAGAGGAGGAGUGUAAGACAAAAGAAGAACAAGCUGACAUAAGUGUGGUCGAUGUGUCUGGAUUUUAA